CAUAAAAUCGAUUUACCACGCCCUGACGAAGCACAGUUGGUUUAGAUGUGUCCACGGAGCCAAUCAGAAACGUCUGACCCGACCCGACAACAAACCACCACGCCGUCCCGAGAUCCGGCAGAAGGUCGCCAGGGUUCAUCAUCUGUGCGCACUAAACCCCAUAAAACAACCUUCACGGUCUCUGCAGUUGGGUUCUUCACUCAACGGGACAAAGCCAUGAAAGCAUGAAAAUGGAUGAAAAAGGCGAAAUGCAUUUUGACAAACUGUCUGCAACUUCUGGCGCACUGAAACCAGCACGAUUCCACAUAAGCUGAAGGCUUCAGAGAGGAGUUAUUAGCUACCUCCGCUGUGAGGAUGAAGUGACUCUUGAAGAUUACGUUAUGAAAUAACCCCACAAGCAGCGAAGUUGAGAGAAUGGCGUAUCGCCACUUCAUGCCGGUCAGCCCUACUGACCUCGCUGUUAGUUCGAUGCUUGGACAGCAGUCCCGGUUUUUUCCUGUUGGAUACGGGAAGCAGCAGUUUGCGAACGCGCUCCAUAACUCGGUUCGUCUGGCGCUCAAAGACGCCGCGUCUCCCGCGCACCUCUCCGUGGAGACGAGAGCACCUGAGGAUGACCCCGUGGUUCACCUGGAAGGCAAGGAACUGUGGGGGCAGUUUCACAGAAGCGGCACGGAGAUGGUCAUAACAAAGUCUGGAAGGCGCAUGUUUCCAGCUUUCAAAGUGCGCUGCAGCGGCUUGGACAGAAAGGCGAGGUACAUCCUGCUGAUGGAUAUAGUCGCGGCUGAUGACUACAGAUAUAAGUUUCACAACUCUCGCUGGAUGGUUGCUGGAAAGGCCGACCCAGAAAUGCCCAAACGAAUGUACAUCCACCCGGACAGUCCCGCUACGGGGGAGCAGUGGAUGUCCAAAGCGGUGACAUUUCAUAAGCUCAAACUGACGAACAACAUAUCUGACAAACAUGGAUUCACCAUAUUAAACUCCAUGCACAAAUAUCAGCCGAGGUUUCAUAUCGUUCGAGCCAACGACGUCCUCAAACUUCCGUACAGCACGUUCAAAACCUACGUGUUUCCCGAGACAGAGUUUAUCGCCGUGACAGCGUACCAAAACGAAAAGAUAACUCAGCUGAAAAUUGACAAUAACCCAUUUGCAAAAGGAUUCAGAGAUACCGGAAAUGGGAGACGAGAGAAAAGGAAACAGCUGUUGCAUCAGAAAAGUGAUGUGGCCCCGAAAAAAGCCUGUGUGUCCACAGAGGACUCAUCUUUCGACCAAAGUUCAUCAAAUCCUUCAAUUCAAGAAACAAACGUCGUUACAUCCACUUCAACAGAUGCGAAUGAGAGCGACGUCGAUGGGUACGGAGAUGAGAAGGAAAGCGAUGAAGAUGGAAAGCAUUCAGUUUCUCAAGAUGAGCAAACUUCUGCAGAAAUCUCAACAACGGUGCAAGAGUCCAAGGACAAUUCAAAACAGGAGCUGCAAGCAAAUUGGAACACAUGGCUCAACAACAAAGAAAAGCAUAGUAAAGAGGUUACUGAACGUUUAACCUUGGAUAGAAAACAUGCAGAACAAUGCAAGUUUGUAGAUGAUUUGAAUGAUGUUUCUCAGAAGGCUUCGCUCACUCGGCAUUAUUACAUCCCCGCUCCCGGCCUGAUUAAUUCUCUGUGUGUGCCGCCGCAUGUCUUGUCAAAUUUAUGCCAGUUUAAUUACGUUGGAACACUUCCGUUUUUGGCGUCUGGAGCAACAGGUCCUUGGUUAUGCAGAAGGUCAAAUGAAGGGGAGGGUCAAGAUUACACCGCUUCAGUACCGACCUCACAACGAAGAUUUAUUGGCAUGCAGCAGCAAAGAACGACUUCUCAGGGUGUGCUUGGAAAUUUCUUGUCUUAUCCACAGAGUUACACGACCUCAUCUGCCGCCACGUCCUCUGCCGCAUCGUACCAGGUUCAAGGACCACCCUUUUUCAGCGCUAGCUAUGGAUCCCGAUGCGGACCCUGCCCUUUUCCAAUGUUUCUGCACGGCCGAAAAAUGCCACAAACCAGAACCGAUACAAAUCAGCAUGCUGGUAUUGCGACUCCUGGUUCAAAACCUAAUGAGGAUCAAAACACACAGCGUCGAGAUCUCUAGAGACGUCUCUACAGGAACAAGAUCAGCUGUAAUGAUGUGCAUUUAGUCGAUUGUAUGUAUCAACCGUCUGGAUUAAAAAUUAAUAUAUGCUAUUUAUUCUUUAGUCUUUACCUGCUGUAUAAAAGUGUGAAAAAUAUUUAAAAUACACAAAG